AAGAACCAAGCUGAAUCAUGUUCCGGCUAUUGACAUCCUGCUGGUCUCAGCUAAAGACAGCUGAAGAGACACAAAGGAAUGUGACCAUCAUUAUCAUUGGAUUAGACAACUCAGGCAAAACUGUUCUUGUGGAGGGAAGGCUCUGGUCAAGCUUCAAAUCACUGCUUAACAAAUUCUCACAUCUAACUCUAUUCCUGCUUUGUGGUUGCUUCUCCUCUCUUCCCCUAUGCAUAGUACUUCCAAGUAGGAUGAACAAUUGUAGGAAAUCUGAAUUGACUACACUCCUACUGCAUGAGUAUGAAGUUUCCAUCUAUGACUUGAGUGGAGACAUGAAGGGCCAAGAAACCUGGCCGAACUACUAUGCACAGGCACACGGACUUGUUUUUGUCCUGGAUUCCAGUGACUUGGGACGCAUGCAGGAAGUGAAGAUCAUCUUAACGCAUCUGCUCUCUGAUAAAAGAGUGGCAGGGAAACCUAUCCUACUCAUGGCAAACAAACAGGACAAGAAGGAUGCCCUCCUACCCUGUGAUAUUAUUGAAUAUCUAUUCCUAGAAAGGCUAGUGAAUGAUAACAAGUCCCUGUGCCGAAUGGAACCCUGUUCAGUCAUCAAAAACCUCCAAAGAGGGAACCAUCAGCCCAUAAUUGAAGGGCUGCACUGGCUAUUAGCUGCCAUUGGGGAUAAAUAUGAAGAGCUGUGUACUCGCCGACAGCCACUCCCCUCAACCAUCCCAACCUCCAAGGGCACCAGAAGCUCUGGGGAAAGACCCUCAUCAGACAGCCACACUACCAGGAUGGGAAUGUCAAAAGAAAAAAGACAGCAUCUAGGACAAUGCUCUAUGGAAGCUAGGCCCCGAAAGCCAAUCCUACAGGUAAAUGGCUCUUUAAAUGUUACUGUCCAAGGGACCAAUCACUGA